UGAGUGCUUCAGGCAUACAGAUUUAGAGCAGUAAGCGUUCUUGUGCAGUUCUGUUAGUCAUAGCUUUCUGCUUUCAGACUUGGGUACCAGUACAAUUUUAGUAAAUCUCUGUUCCCUCAGUUACUGAAGCAAAGUACAAACACACGUAGCUCCUGCUGUAUCGGAAAGAUGUAUUUUAAGUGUAGCUUAAUUGCAUUGUUUUAUUCAAGCUUCUAAAUUUGUAGGCAAAACUCUGUUGGGGGAGGUUUCCAUUUAGUUUUGUGAAAAUUGUUUGAUGGACAAGUACUAAGUCAAUUUAGAUAAGAUUAGAAUAGAACUAGAUAAAACGAAACAGAAAACUCGAAUGCUGUUAUUUUCUUUAAAGAGUUUACAAUCUGUACUUUUAAAGACGUAGUAGGCCGUAAAUAAUAAACAGGUGGGGCUUAGAAAGCGUCAAAAUAAGCUUUGACAUCAUCACUGCGUUCAUCAGGCUAACCGACUACCACAGAUCUUUCUACUCAACAAGGCUCUCACAACCCAGCCUUGACAUCACCCUAGCCCACGUCUCAAUCCCCUUUAGGACGACGGCGGCCCCGCCCCUGAGUUUCCCUGCAGGCCCCAAGAAGACUAAGAAUGGCAGAAGUCCCGCCCCCUCGAGCAUGGCGCAUGCCCAGGCCACGCUUCAGGGGUGGGGCUGCGUAGAAUAUGUGGGCUGACUCAGCAAGGCAUAGGACCCACCCCUAGAGCGUGGCGCAAACCCGGGCCACGCCCUGGGGGCGGGGCAGCGCCGGGCUGAGGCGGGCUGGCUCAGUGCAGCAGCAGCAGCGGGGGAAGAUGGCGGCGGCUGUUCCGCAGCGUGCAUGGACCGUGGAGCAGCUGCGCAGCGAGCAGCUGCCCAAGAAGGACAUUAUCAAGUUUCUGCAGGAUCACGGUUCAGAUUCGUUUCUUGCAGAACAUAAAUUACUGGGAAACAUAAAGAACGUAGCUAAAACUGCUAAUAAGGACCAUUUGGUUACUGCCUACAACCAUCUUUUUGAAAGUAAGCGUUUCAAGGGUACUGAAACUAUAAGUAAAGUAUCUGAACAGGUGAAAAACGUGAAGCUUAAUGAUGAUAAACAGAAAGAUUCCAAGUCUGAAGAGACCCUUGAUGAGGGUCCACCCAAAUAUACAAAAUCCGUUCUAAAAAAGGGAGAUAAAACCAACUUUCCUAAAAAGGGAGAUGUUGUUCACUGCUGGUAUACAGGAACACUCCCAGAUGGAACUGUUUUUGAUACUAACAUUCAAACAAGUUCAAAGAAGAAGAAAAAUGCCAAGCCUUUAAGUUUUAAGGUUGGAGUAGGCAAGGUUAUCAGAGGAUGGGAUGAAGCACUCUUAACUAUGAGCAAAGGAGAAAAGGCUCGACUGGAGAUUGAACCAGAAUGGGCCUAUGGAAAGAAAGGACAGCCGGACGCCAAGUAUCCUUUUUCCUUUGUAGCACACACCCUCCCCACCCCAAGUUUGCCACCAAGCCUUUUAACCCGAAUUCCAGAUUCUUAGGCCCACAAGUUGUUCUUAGACCUCCAUUAGCAUGUUAUGGGAAUGUAUAGGAUAAGACACAAGCAUAGAGUAAAUGUUUUUAAGACCACCUGGAGAGAUGAAAAAUGCUGUUGAAGUAAUCCACCAAAUCACGAUUCCUUUCUAGUCUUCCUGAUGUGGACAGUCUUCCUUUGCCCUGGUUGAGGAUACAGGAACGUGAUACUGACUGACUGGUACUGGUAUUUUCUGUCAGUGCAAGUAGUCAGACUUUGUUCUGUUCUUUUUUUCCCUUUCUCGCUUUGUGUUAUAGGAAUGAAACAGUUUACUACAUGUAAAAUGAAGGAGACCACAGUAAAAAUAAGCAUUUUAUAAGUAUUUAUUAAUGAUUACAGCAUUUCUAUGAUAGGCCCCAAUUUGUCAACAAUUACAAAAGCAGAAAGUCAAUGAUUCUAGACCAUUUAGACUAAAUUGACCUGAUAGUUAAGUGGGAAGUUAAGUUUUAGCUGUUGAUUUCAUUCUUGUUGGCCAAAUUAGUUUUGCUAUUAUAAUUGUAGAUGAUAAGGAAUGAGGUUUGAGGUUGGAAGUUCUCUCUGUCGUCUUCAAAAUGUUAAAUUCAUGUCGUGUGAAAUCAUAAGACUGCAUAAAGAAAGCCUUCUCACUUUCUGUUUCUUAGAGAUGGUAGCAUUGUAGAGAGCAGACUCUCCUUAGAAGGCAGAGGCAGACAUCUCUGAACCUAAGUGCUGGGCUUUAAAGCUGUGCACCACCAAGCACACCUAAACUUGUCUUUUAAUUCACGGUAGAUGAAUACAUCUUUUAAAUACAGUGUUGGUAGCAUUAGUGAGGUAUUGAUCAUCAAGUUUACUUUUAGGAAACUCAAGCUAGCCUGAGUCAAAUACAAACCUGUCCUCUCAGGAGGACAGUCAAGAGAUUGAUUGUUACUAGUACAAGCUCUGGCUUUCCCUAGAACUUUUACUUCUGACUUCACAACCCUAAUGUGCUAUGGUUUAGUGGUUAGGGGAGAGGCACUUUUCAAGUUUUCCUUGACCAUUUCCCACAGAAUUCCACCAAAUACCAAGCUCAUUUUUGAAGUAGAAUUAGUAGAUAUUGACUGAAACCACCAGUACAUCAGCAAACAUAAAAACCUAAUGUGGCUAAUUAGAGCUUGUUACUAUUGUAAGGAAAGAUCAACUGGAAAAUUUAAACAAUUUAAAGCUUGUUUACUUGAUCUCAACUUUUGAGAAACAUAAUCCCCUGUAACUCCCUUUAAGUCUCAAAUAUUUUCCUACAGCUAUGUAAAGUAUUCAAGAGAGCUGCUUUUCCUUUUACCUCAUAAACUAAAGGCUCAAUAAAAAUGUCAUGGAUUGUCUUGA